AUGGUCUACAACUCACCAAAUCCCAUCCCAUUCUCAGAGCCGCCUUACCUUCGUGGCCUCCCUUCUCCCUACAUUACGCCUGCCCACCGCCGCUUUCAAGAAGCAUGCCGUAAAUUUGCAACAGAGAACUUGCUUCAGCACGCUUUGGAGUGGGAGCGGGAAGGAACAGUCCCUGAGCAUGUUUUCCACACAUUCUGCAAGCAUAAUAUGUUGUUGCCCAACAUGCCAGCGCCAUUACCUGUGGAUUGGUUGAAGCGACUAGGAAUCAACGAUAUCCUAGGAGUCAAGGUUGAAGACUGGGACUACAUAUACACCGGCAUUUACUGUGAUGAGAUGGCCCGUUCUGGUCUCAGUGGUCCCUCUGGCUCGUUGAACGCCGGGUUCGCUUUCGGAAUUGCACCAAUCUACAAAUUUGGCAGUACCGAGUUGCAAGAGCGGUUCUUGCCAGAGCUUCUCACAGGUAAGAAGCGAGGCUGUAUUGCUAUCACGGAGCCUGAGGCCGGCAGUGAUGUCGCGAAUAUAACCACAACUGCUGUCAAGAGUGCCGAUGGUCAACACUACAUCCUGAACGGGUCCAAGAAAUGGAUCACGAAUGGUAUCUGGUCGGACUAUGCCACCAUGGCCGUGCGAACCGGUGGACCAGGAGCCGCGGGCCUUUCCGUUUUGGUUGUGCCUCUGAAGGGCCACCCUGGCGUUUCAAUGCGCCGACUUAAAGUCUCGGGUCAGAUCACAGGCGGGACCACAUUUAUUGAGCUUGACGACGUCAAGGUUCCCGUGUCAAACAUCAUCGGCAAAGAAGGCGACGGCAUGCGUAUUAUCAUGACCAACUUCAAUCAUGAACGACUUCUUAUUGCCAUUGGAGUCACUCGUCAGGCUCGUGUGGCCCUUUCUGCUGCUUUCUCGUACUGCCUCAAGCGCGAGGCUUUCGGAAAGACGCUCAUGGACCAACCCGUAGUCCGCCACCGUCUAGCUAAGGCAGGCGCUGAGCUUGAAUCCAUGUGGGCGUGGGUUGAGCAGAUCUUGUACCAAUUGGUUCAUCUCAGCAAAGAGGAGGGUGAUCGUCAACUUGGUGGAUUGACGGCAUUGGCUAAAGCAAAGUCCGCUAUGGUAUUGAACGAGUGUGCCCAGACAGCCGUGUUAUUGUUCGGAGGAAGUGGAUUUACCAAAUCUGGUCAGGGUGAAUUGGUCGAGGCCAUUCUUCGCGAUGUUCCAGGUGCCCGUAUUCCGGGUGGCUCGGAAGACGUGCUGCUCGAUCUGUCUGUGCGUCAAUUGGUCAAGCUCUAUCAGGCCGAAGAGAAGAAGCUCUCGCAGAGCGCUAAGAUUUGA